AUUAGGAAACAUUGUACAUUAAAUGGCUCUUAUCAAAGACGCAUUAAAAUUGAAUGACAUUGUACAAGAAAUUACGAAGCGAUGCAGAUCUCUUUUGUAAUCUGCAUCAUUCUUUUUGGUGUUACUUCGACAUCUGCGGCAACUGAGUGUUUUGCCUGUAGCAGUGUCCAGACAGUUGCUGAAUGUAAGACUACAAAAACGUGCAACGCUGAUGAGAUAUGCUUUACUGACUUCCUACCACAAGGAAACAGGACACUGUAUUCAUUCGGAUGUCGAUCUGAGACAAACUGUACAUCAGUUGUUUCAAAUACAGGAAAUAUGUCAAUUGGAGGGUCACUGGUAGGGCGGUCUUUGCCUACGUCAUCAUGUUCCCAGUGCUGCAAAGAGAAUCAUUGUAAUAGACAUCUGUGCCAACAAACAUAUUCGCUUAAAGAGUGUUCAGACAGAGAAAACAUAGACUGUCUCACCCUUGAACAAUUUGCAAAUAUAUGUGCAGAUACACAGAGAGCUUUAUCAGUUUGUCGACGAUUUUGCGGAUUAUGUAGCUACGAGGAUGGUCAGUGGGCUUCAUGGCAUGCCUGGUCUAGCUGUGACGUAACUUGUGGAGACGGACACCAGUCGCGUAAAAGGACGUGUACAGAGCCAGUCCCUACGGGAGGGGGUCAUAAUUGUCAAGGACACCCUGACGAGACUCAAAUGUGCACUCUUCAGCCAUGCCCAGUGCAUGGUCACUGGUCAACAUGGAGUAGUUGGGGAAGCUGCAGUACAACAUGCGGUAUUGGAAUGCAACGUAGAGACCGAACAUGUUCAAAUCCCUAUCCUGCACGUUUUGGAGACCAUUGUUAUGGUGAUUCAAGGGAUGAUAGACUAUGUGUCGAUGCAGUUUGUCCUGUAACCGAUGGUGGUUGGAGCGCAUGGACCUCCUGGACAGCAUGUACAGCAAGUUGUGGAGGUGGGAUAAAGUCUCACUUUAGAGAUUGUAACAAUCCCAUGCCAUCUGCAGGAGGAAGACUUUGUACCGGGCUUCAACAUGACGUAACAGCAUGCAAUCAAAUGAAUUGUCCUCGAAAGCUCUCGUCAUUUUCGUACUCUCACCCGGUUUAUGUUGGGGCUUUGCAAUACUUAGAACAAAAAGAGUCAAUGGCGUGUAAAAAACCGUACGUUCUAUUUGAUUUUAAAUUACCUUAUACUUCAUGUACUACAAUAGCAUUUACCAGUAAAAUAUUUGAAGAAGGGUCUUCCUACAACAAUGAGACUGGCGACUUUACAUGCUCUUAUCCAGGUGUUUAUGUUUUCAUGGCUUCGUUAAUCAGUUCUGCUGGAUCUACAAUUGAUUGUCAUAUUUCAAAGAACGGUCACACCAUGGCAAAAAUUAUCAAAAAUCCGCAAGAUAGUACAGACUCUAGAAGUGCAACGAUAACAUUACAACUCCAGCGUGGUGAUAAGAUUUCCUUGUUUUGUCAGUAUUUGUCAGACAUUUUUGAGUCAUCUUCAACUUUCAGUGGAUUUCUCUUACACUCUGAUGGCUAAUGUAUAUACAGAAUAAAAUGAAU